AUGUUUUCUCGGCGUCGUCUGCAGAAGCUUCUGGAGGAAGAAGUCUACCGGAACAUGGCUCUGGCGCUGGCUUUUGACAAUUUCACCAGUUCACUGCAAGGACAGGAUGAUGAGGAAGGCGCUUUAGAAGAAGUUGUGAGUAUCUCUCUCCCCCAUUUUUACUGA